CGACAUCGAGCGAGCCCGGGAAUCACCAGAGAGUGGAACUGAUUGGUAGAUAUAAAAGGGGGCUAGCCUGGUAGAUGGGGGACCACAUUCCAUUUCAUCUCUUAUCGUGGCUGGCUUCACCCGCUCCUGCUGCUUCUUAGAACUUCAUCAUUUUUUUUCACCGAAGAGUCUCAAAUUUAUGGAAAUCUGAACAGAUUUUCAUCCUGACAUUUCGGACCUGUAAAGCAAACGAGAUGGCUUCUCCAGUUGAGCUCUUCUGCUGGAGGCAUGUUAUUAACGACACCCUAUGGCAUCAAGAAAGCCCUGGACACUGCUCCUCCGGUAGCAUCCAGAAAGAGUUGAUGUUCGGUCUUGUCAGUCAUGUCUUGUUGGCGCUUGUCAGUGCGUUAUACCUCUGUCUCGAUCACACCAACGAAAGACCAACAGAAUCGACUCUGAAGAGAUCUGCAACCCUGCAUGUUCGCCUUGUCAUCGCUGUCUCGUCUGCCCUGGUGCCUGCUCUGGGACCCCUACUUGUACAGUUCACCUCAAGCUCAAGGUCGGCUCCUGCGGACCUCCUGCUUGAUGGAACAUCAUCUAUUGCAUGGCUUCUGAUGUCUUUGUACCUGUGGAAGCUGAGACAGCAGAGUGGUCGGCUUGUACGGACACACACACCAGUGAUGUUGGUUUGGUCCUUGACAUUUGUAUCCCAAUGCGUCCGUCUAAGCGUGGUAAUCAACCGGAUUCUGGAAGACACAUCAUCGACCAUUGAGCAGGAAGGCAUCGUCGUUGCAUCCAGUAUCCUCCAAGUCAUGUAUCUGUUGACACUCUUGCCAACACCCGGACACACAGUUGUAUACCAUACAAAUGGUGACGGCCUUUCUGCUUGUCCCACCGUCAAAGAUAACAUUAGUGGGGACAGCAAGACUAGCAAAGAGUCUGCAGGGAAACCGUCUGAUUCCAAUCAUCUUGCUGUGGAGCAUGCUAGUCUGUUCUCAAAGCUAACAUUUGGUUGGGUCCAGGAUAUCAUGCGCAAAGGUGCCAAUGGUCAGCUCAAGAAAGCCAGCGAUGUCUAUAAGCUUCCAGAGAAACUCACAUCCAGUCACGUAGAGAACUACUUCUCUCGUUUUUACUCACACGGAUCAACAGCAUUCGCCGAAGACGUUUUCGAUUCUAAGGACUCUACCAGCAGCAUCGGUUCCCAAAGAACCACUCCAAAUCCGGUCAGAAAUAGAUAUAGCGGUACCCAAGCUAGUACUGUGAAGCAAGAGGAUGGCAAGGUUUCCAAGAUACCUCAUGACGAUAACCAUAAAAGAAUCUCCCUUAGUCGGGCACUUUUUCGAGCUUUUGGUGUCCAGAUUUUCCUCGCGGGUAUUUUCAGACUCUUAGCCAAGAUAUGUAUGUUUGCGAGUCCUUUGCUCUUACACGCCCUUUUGUCCUACCUAGAGAACUCCAACGAACCUGUGCGGAAUGGGUACCUCUAUGCCUUUGGCCUGUGCAUCGCCACUGGCCUCCGGGCCAUUAUAAACAGCCAUUACGGGUUCCGUUUAGUACAACUUGAAAUGCAGCUGCUGGCAACCGUGAUGACUACGUUGUACCGGAAGACCCUUGCAGUCGGCUCAAGAGCCUUGUCGACCUUCACCACUGGUCAGAUCACCAACAUGCUGAACGUGGAUGCGUGGAGGAUAGCUCGGCUCUGUUACUGCGUCCACGAUGCCUGGAGUGUUCUUUUGGAACUCGCCGUAAUCCUGUAUCUGCUCUAUCAACAGGUGGGUACAUCCUUCAUCAUCGGCGUGGGACUUGCCUUGCUGAUCAUGCCAUUAUCAAAGCUCAUCAUGACAAAGAUUAUCCGGUACCAUCGGAAGCUGAUGAAACACAAAGACAGCAGAGUUAAGAUGAUGCAUGAGGUAUUAAAUGGGAUGCGCGUGAUCAAGUUCUUUGCUUGGGAGCGCCAUUUCAAGAAGGAGAUCGAUGAACUUCGUUCAGAUGAGCUUGGAAGCUUGAAGGGUAUCAGGUACUACUGUGCCUUGAACCACUGUGUAUGCUCCACUACACCGAUCCUUAUAGCGCUAUGUACCUUCACCUCCUACACACUGCUUGGAAAUGAACUAACGGCUGCAAAGGUUUUCACCUGCCUUGCACUCUUCUCCAUGCUCGACGGACCGGUCAAUGGUAUACCGUGGGUGCUGAAUAGUCUCCUAGAGGGUUGGGUCUCCUUCAAAAGAAUCCAAAAAUAUCUGGACCUAGAGGAGACCGACCUAACUUUUUACUACUUACCAGGCAACCAUCCGUCAGCAGAAAGAGAAGAAGCACUGAGAAUCAAGCAGGGAAUCUUUUAUUGGGAACACCCCAAGAAAAAAGAUGAUGACAAGAAGGAUAAAGAGGGAAAGCACAAUAACAGAAAAAAGAGUAAAGAAGAGAAGAUCAAAGACGAUACAGAAAAUGAAGGACGUGACACGAAAGAGCAUCCUAACAUUGUGAAGCUUCAGGAGAUUGACUUGCAUGUCAAAAAGGGUCAGUUAGUUGGAGUCAUUGGUAAAGUGGGAUCGGGAAAGACCUCUCUGCUAUCCUCCGUCCUAGCUGACAUGGUCAAGGAGAGUGGGAGCAUCAGCGUGGCUGGGCUUCAUCAAGGGUUCGGAGUGGCUACUCAAGAACCCUGGCUCCAACACGCAACCGUCAAAGAGAACAUUCUCUUCGGAAGAGAAUACGAUGCUGAGAGAUAUCGCCAAGUUGUGGAGGCCUGUGCUCUUUUGGCAGAUUUAAAGAUAUUGCCUGCUGGAGAUGAUACAGAGAUUGGUGAGAAAGGCAUCACUCUCAGUGGAGGGCAGAAAGCAAGGGUCGCUCUAGCCAGGGCUGUCUAUCAGGACAGCGAGAUCUAUCUUCUCGACGAUCCAUUGGCCGCUGUGGAUGCCCAGGUAGGACAACACAUCUUCUCCAAGUGCAUCAUGGGGUUGUUACGUAACAAGACGAGGAUCUUAUGUACACACCACACUCGUUUCCUGGUUGACGCUGACGUCGUCGUCGUCAUGGAGGAUUUCAAAAUCCUGAAAAAGGGACCUCCAAGUGAGGUGUUUAACAACCCCAAGUAUGCGGGCCAUCUGAAGCACUGCGAACUCGACACCAAAGUAGAGGCAAAGGUGUCCGACUCUGAGGUCAAAGGUCACGAUGGAAACGCCAAGAAAGAGGUAGUGGAGGAGGAGGAGAAGGAGGAGGGCGUGGUCAAAUCUGAGGUGUACCAAUGGUACUGGAAUGCUAUCGGGAAUAACCUAGCUUCUUUCAUCCUUCUGACCUUUGUUCUCAUGCAAGUGACUUCAAAUGUGAGUGACUGGUGGCUUUCGUACUGGGUGAGCCAAACCAGAGGUGACCCCGAGGAGACCAUAGCAUCUCCUCAUCAACCAUCGCAUACUCACCCCAUCAAUCUGUCUAUGGAUCUAGCAUCUCAAGGCUAUUGGUCUCCAGAUGGGAGCCAUGCUGAGGAGUCCAUCUCGGCAUCCCCACUGUUCUACCUGAGAGUAUACGCCGGUGUAGUCGGUCUCAGUUCUCUCUUCAAUCUGCUCAAUACAUUCAUCUUUUGUUAUGGAGCCAUACGUGCUGCUACUGCCAUCCACGACGGACUACUGAACAGCAUCCUCAGAGCUCCAAUAUCUUUCUUCGACGCUACCCCUGUGGGUCGAAUCAUCAGCCGGUUCACCGCCGAUGUCUCCACAAUCGACCUUGACAUGACUUUUUCGGUGCACCAUCUUUUCAGUGAGGUUCUUUGCUUUGUAGGAGCAAUCAUCCUCUCCUCAUACAGCCUUCCAUGGUUUAUAUUCUGUCUCAUACCUCUCGGUGUCAUAUGCUAUUACAUGCAGGACUAUUAUCGUAAGACUUCUAGAGAGUUACGCCGCAUUACUAGCAUCUCCAACUCUGCCAUUUGCAGUCACUUUUCAGAGACACUAGCCGGCUUAACAGUCAUCAAGGGAAUGAGAGCUACAAAGAGAUUCCGCAUGGAAAACCGCUCCAAGCUAGAUCUUUUCCAACGAGCCUGGCUAUGUUCUGACGCCGUCUCUCAUUGGAUGUUCUUCAGGCUAAAACUGCUUGGGGUUGCCAUGGUAACAAUAGUUUCCGUCUCGGCCAUUCUUCAGCACCAAUUUCAGACUAUCGAUCCAGGCUUGGUAGGUCUGGCCGUGACGUAUGCCUUGGCCAACACACAUCGGCUGAUAUCUGUGAUUAAUACGCUGACUGAGCUCGAGAAACAGAUGAUCAGUACAGAACGAGUACAUCAUUACACGACAGCUAUAGCAAACGAGCCACAACUUGGAUUGGUGAAGGCUCCUUCUCUCUGGCCUCAACGCGGAGUGGUCAAGUUCAGUAAUGUCCAGUUCUCGUACCGCGAGGAUCAUCCGAGGGCUCUGAGUGGGGUCGAUUUUGAGACCCGUCCUGGAGAGAAGGUCGGCAUCGUGGGAAGAACUGGUUCGGGGAAGUCCACCCUGUUUCUUGUCCUCUUUAGAAUGGUCAAUAUCCAGGAGGGUUCGGUGACCGUUGAUGGUCUAGACCUGGCUGAACUGUCUCUGGAAGUCGUCAGGUCCCGACUGGCCAUCAUACCCCAGGACCCAUUCCUCUUCAGCGCUUCCGUCAGAAAGAACCUUGAUCCUGUAGGUCAGUUCAGUGACUCAGAGCUGUGGUGUGUCCUCAAGAAGUGCCACAUGGAGGAUGUGGUCUCUCGGAUGGGAGGCCUUGAGGCUUCGGCAGGUGAAGGAGGGAAGCAGUUCUCCACUGGUCAGAAACAGCUGGUCUGUCUGGCCAGAGCCAUGCUGACCAGGGCAAAGGUAUUGUGCAUCGAUGAAGCCACUGCCAGCGUUGACAUGGCAACAGAUGACCUGCUUCAACAGGCCAUCAAGGAGGAGUUCCAGGAUAACACCAUCCUGACUAUCGCCCACCGUCUGAACACUCUGAGGGACAGUGAUCGCAUCCUGGUGAUGGACGCUGGCAGGGUGGCCAAAUUUGAAAAGACCAAUGUGACAACGGUCGAAAUGUAGUCAUAUCUGAUAGAGUAUAAUAAUGUUUUAGAGAGGAACAGAUCAAGUUGACGUCUUCAUCAGGCUAUUAAGAAGCAGUUCCAUGAUGACACCAUCCUAACUAUUGCCCAUCGUGUUAACACUCUUCGGGAAAGUGAUCUUAAAGGUGAAAUACGGUCGAAAAGUAAUCAUAUCUUAUAAAGUAUAUGUUUUUAGAGAGGCUUUAGCCUUAAGUUUAGGGUGCAUAUUUAGUUUUUAUUUCUUAAGGUUUGUUCAGAUGUGUCGCGGUAAAUCGCCACAAAAAAUUGCAACUGUGCUCAACCAAAGUUCCGCGCAUAUUUACUGGGCGCUGUCAGUCUGUGUUAAAUGAUACAGAACUGUGAAGCAUAGUACACUUGCGUCAUCAUUAAUUUUUUUUUUUUUUAAAUCCCGCGGUUUACCGUUUCAUAUCUAAACGAAGAUUUGAUUUUUAUUAUUGAAUAUCUUAUCACUUAAUUUCAUAUCCAUUAUAUUUCAAAUAUAAAGUAAUGUGUUUGUAUAUUAUAUUGAAAGUACAUUAACAGUAAGUAAUACUUUUUUUUCUAUUAAGGUACAAAGUGUCUUUUUCAAAAAAGUCAUGUUGUCAUUUAUGUUUGUGAUGCAGUUUAUUGCAAUGACCAAAUUGAUUAAGGCCGGCACUAUCAAUUUCCUUUGGCAUAUAUAAUUGAUCUGGUAUCGAAUGAGGCUGGAACCUUAACCUUGAUAUGCCAUGUAAGCUGUGUACAUUUUAUGGCAUAUAUAAUUGAUCUGGUAGCAAAUGAGGCUGGAACCUAAUCUUAACAUACUAUGUAAGUUGUGUUUAAAUAUUUAUCACAUAAUGUUGAUCUUAUUUAUUUUCUUUGAUAAUUUCAAGUUUCAAAUUCAAGCUUACGCUGUUGCCCUCCUACAUGUAUAUCUAACCUAUG